ACGUCACAGUGCAAUGGAGUAUAUCGUUGUUGGAUCGUUGCUGUUUCUAAAAAGUUAUUGAUAUUCCUAGUUUUUUUGUGUUUUUACUGUGAAAUCACACUAAAUUUAUUGGUUAUUGACACCAAUUGCUGUUCUUCAUAUCACCUUUGCGUGAAGUUUCCAUCCUGGGGAAAAUGGCGAAACGUGGUGCCCAGUCGGACCUGAACCACGACAAUUGGAACCAAGAGGAAGAACCGGAGGAGGCUGGUAAAUUUGCUCUCGCUUCCGACGAUGAAAUGAAAAGACGCGUCAUUAAAACGGCACGGCGUCGCGCAACCGGAGCGGACUCCGGAUCGACCACUGGUGGUUCCUCUGUUUUCAGCGGUUUUAAGGGUUUCUCCGCCGUCACUUCCACUCCGGCAGCUCCAACGGUGGUCAAGUCCUCGGAGGGAGCCAGUCCGUUUUCGUUUUUAAGUACCAUUAGCAAACCGACGAACGGAACCGCGGCACCGGCAACGGGAGGUUCGGUUGCCAGUGCGACAACCUCAGCGCUCGGCGCAUGUAUCUUCGCUGCAACAGAUCCUAGUAAGAAGCCCUUCUCUGGGUUUGGAAGCCCGCCGAAGACAACGGCAGUGACUGCAAGUUCGGCGGAGAAAAAAGAAGACGAUAAGGGUAAAGGCAACGAUGAUUAUGUGGAAAGCAUCAAAGCGUUGAAUCAGUCGGUAGCUUCGUGGAUUUCGGACAAGGUUAAGGAGAAUCCGCUCUGCAAGUUGACUCCGAUUUUUAAGGAUUAUGAGAAGCACUUGAGUGAGAUUGAAGCAAAGAAAGAUAAGAAAGAGAGCAAGGAAUCUCCGGCACCGGAAGCUUCCAAGACCACAGGAUUUACAUUUGGAAGUACGACGCCGGCUCCCGUCGGUUCGGCUAUAACGGACACUGCUCCAGCGAAGACGACGUUUAGUUUUGGAAUUGGAGCGCCAACGGCUGCGUCGACUGGCACUGGAUUUACAUUUGCCAACGUUAAACCACCGGUGGCAGAUAAAAAGGCGGACGACAAAGAAGAAGGUGAAGCUGAUGAGGAUGAACCGCCGAAGGUUGAAUUCACACCGGUUGAAGAAAAGGACAGUCUUUACUCCAAGCGUUGUAAGUUGUUUGUGAAGGUAGAUGGAAACUUCAGCGACCGUGGCGUUGGGACAGUACACAUCAAAAAGGUGGACGCAAAGGUACAGGUUCUGGUCCGGGCGGACACCAAUCUGGGCAACAUACUGCUUAAUAUCAUCUUGAACGAGGCGGUUCCUUUGCAACGAAUGGGCAAAAACAACGUGAUGAUGAUUUGCUUGCCAACACCAGAGUCGAAACCACCACCGACAUCAGUACUACUGCGGGUGAAAACGUCGGAAGAAGCCGAUGAGUUAUUCGAGGCGCUCAAAAAACACAAGCCCACCUAGAGCGGGUGAGGUCAACUAGCGACAAAGCAUCUGAUGAUGGAUAGCAAAUAAAUGAGGUCCUAUUGAUGGUUAA